CUAGCGCCCAUCCCCCGUCAUCAUCUACACCACUUGCAUUCUCUGCCCUGGUUACCCUGACAGAUACAGACACCUGGUGUACGUUCGUCCAUUGUCAACUUACUUGAUAUUCCUUCCAUAUACUGCUUUUCUAUCUUAAGUCUGCGACCUGAGAGGCGACCAUGGAGAAAACUCCCGAUUGUCUUCCCUAUAGCCCGAAUAUUCCCACUCCCUUCGGCUAUCGCCCCUCCCUUGUGGCCGGUAUUAUCUUCAUGAUCCUCUUCUUGGGGGUGACAAUUGUCCAUGUGUGGCAGGCCUUUCGGCAUAGAAAUAUCUGGCUUGGGCUAGCCUUCUCCCUAGGUGCAUUCGGCGAAUUUGUCGGAUGGUUAGGCCGUACCGUGGCGUAUCGCUGUCCGUAUUCUGUCAAGCUGCUCGAGAUGCAGCUGGCCGCAUUAAUCAUGGCCGGCAUCUACGGCGUCCUGAGCCUGAUGAUCCCCAUCAUCGGACAGGACAAGUCCCCCUUGCGACCGAACCUCUACCUCAUCAUCUUCAUGACGGUUGAUUUCUUCAGUCUCCUCCUCCAGGCCGUCGGCGGUGGUAUUGCUGGCGCCGCAUUCAGCCAGAACACCUCCCCCUGGCCGGGAACCUACACGAUGGUGGCUGGGAUAAUCUGGCAACUGGUCUCGACCUGCGUCUUUGCUACAUUGCUUGAGCCCGAUUGCGCGGAAUCAAGCCCUGCGGCGGAUCUCGCAGUCGUUGAUGAUUGCUGUUACGUGUAUGGUGGCGCGGGGCGUGUAUGCGAUUAUUCUCGAUGCGGCAUUGAUGUUCAUUGCGAGUUUGGUGCUCUGUGUUUGGAACCCAGCGGCUUUGAUCCUGGAUGCGAGGGAGAAUGCGAGAGGGAUGCAAGCCGGAGUGGAAUUGAGACGUGAGCAGGGUGCGAAGAAGUGAUCGUCUUUCAAGAUAUCUACACUACAUACUCGACGGAGACUCAACACAGUGUAUUAUCAUUAUCAACAAACAUGACAGGGUAAUAACUAAGGGUAACUAGGUAACUAGGCAACUAAUGUUUAACAAACUGACUACCCUC